AUGACUCGGAGUUCGAGGCAUAAAUCCCAUAAACAAAGCAAACACAGUUCCAAGGACUAUUCGGAUUCUGAAGAGGAUGUAAAGUUGAAGGAGAAAAGUAGUAAAGAUGAAAAUCCUGCCAGGGAUUAUCGUGGUUCAACCUCGGGUGAGAAAAGGAAAAUUUCGUCCCAGGUGAGAGAAGGGAAGGAUAGUAAAGAUAUGAGAAAUGGUGAGGCAUCAGAAGACUAUGUUUUAUCAAAACGGAGGAAAGAGAAGGCCAACGUUGGCAAAGAGAUGGCUGAUGUAAGUUUGGGUGUUGGCGAUGAUAGGUGGAGGGGUUAUGGUGAGGAGAAAGGUGAUACUGAUAGGAAUGAUAAAAAGGAAACAAAUAAAGGGGAAAGUUCGAAAAUUGACUCGAAACUGAAGGAAAGUAACAGCAAAGGUGAAAGUUUGAGAAUUGAGUCUAAGAUUAAAAAUAAAAGGUAUGAGAAUGGGAGUGGUGGUGAGAUUAAGGAGGAUAAUAUAGCAUCCCUGGUGGUGGAGAAAGAGGAGACUGAACGUAAAGGAGAGUCAAAGAGGAAGUCUGAGAGGGAUUCUUCUGGGCGGAAGGAAGGGAAGGAAUCUAAGGAUAAGGGUCGCGGAUCAGAGAAGGACAAGGACAAGGAGAAGAAAGUUGGCGAGGAGAGUAAGCAUGGGGAUGCUGAGGUGAAAUCCGUGGACGUGCAUUUUGGACAGAAGGAACGAUCACAGUUAGGAUAUUUUAGCGAAGGGACAAAGGCUAAACACAGUCGAGAAAAUACUGAGGGGCCUUUACAAGAUGAGUUGCGGAAUCUUGAGUUGGAGAGGGAACUCGAGAAAAGGAUACGAAGGAGAAAAGAAGGUUCUGAUGUUAGAGAUCAUUUCGAUGAUUUCAAAGAAGUUGAUGAGAGGCGAUUGUCAUCAAGAGGUGAUCUUGCCAAGGAUGUGAAAUACAGAGAAGAUAGGCACAAGGACGGAGGUAAUGAGGACAAGUAUCAGAAAGAUGGCCAAAAAGAUGGUAGGCACAGGGAUGACAAGCACCGGGAAGAUACUGACAAGUACAGUAAAUCUCGGGAUGGUAAGUAUCGGGAAGAUGGUGAUAGAGAUGCCAGACAUAGAGAUGAUAGACGUCGAGAGGAUGGCAAUAGAGACAGCAGACGUGGGGAUGAAAAUUUUCGGGACGAUGGCAAGCAUGAUAAAAGGCAGAAGGAUGACAAGUAUUGGGAUGGCACUGCAAGAGAUAUUCAGAACAUGGAUGAUAAGUACGCCGAAGAUGGCGAGAGGGGAAGAGGGAUGAUUAUAGAGAAGAUGGUAGAUGGUAGAUACAAGGAAGAUAAGCAUCGAGAAGAUAUUGAAAGAGACAGUCGGCAUAAGAAUGGCAAGCGAGGAGAUGAUAUUGGUAGAGAGGAGAGACUGAGAGAGGCUAAGUAUAGGGAUGAACGUACCUCGAGAGACUUAUCUGGUGACAAGUCGGACCCCAAGCACUCUAGGGAUGAUGGUUAUGGUGAAGAUCGUCGCUCCAGAAAAUUAAUUGCGUAUGAUGAUAGUCCAAAAGUAGGUGAUCAGGGUAGGAGAAAAACUAAGGACAGAGGGGAUUACGAUGAUAUUAGAUCCCGAAGUGCCAAGAAUCAAGGGCUCGAAUCAGAGAAGAAAUCUGCCAGCAGUGCGAGAAUGGACUUAGUUACUGACAGAGGAAGGUCCAUCUCUAGGAAUGCUGAUGUAGAACUUACUUCUAAUCAUAGCAGACGGUACAGUUCUCCCAGCUCAAAUUCUCAUGUUACAAGGGAUCCCUACAGGCUUCCAAAUUAUGCUUACGAAGAGAGAGUUCGGUACAGUGGAACUUCUAGCAGAGAUUAUUAUGGUGCUGCAGGAGGAGCUUUGAGGGCAACUUCAUCUAGAUCGAUGGAGAAACCUGGUCUAAAAGAAGAUGGCCAGUUGGGGGAAUUGUCAGCCGAAAGACGUCUGAAGUCUGACAUUCGCUCAUCGCCGUUGCAGCUAGCGGAUAAGUCCCCAUCAUCGAGCACCGAUUGGAGACACUUCACUAGAUCUGAUGUAAGGCAGAGUUUUGAUUUUGAAGAAUCAGCACAGCGAAGUGCUUUGCCGGAUGCAAAGGGGUACUCUUGUAAGGAAGGCAGGGGAAGUCGUGAGUUGGUCAUGGACAUGCUUCCUGGAGAAGAGCAUUCACAGGCUGGGGCAGAUAAUUUAUCUGUUUCUUCACCUUUUAUGAGAAAUGGCCAUUUAUCAGACAGUUUCAAGUCAAUACCACCUAGUCCUCUUUUCAAGACUGGGUUGGAUAGCCCUUUAAUAUUAGGAUCUGCUGAAGAUGACAGCAGAAGUAAGUCAAAUAACCAUAAUAGGAGGAUCAGCAAUCCCAACUUGGGAAGAAUUCAAGGAAAUGCUUUGAGAGGUGUACCAAAUUGGCCUUCCCCUUUGGUAAAUGGUUUCGUUCCUUUUCCCCACGGUCCACCUUUUCAUUCUGCGAUGCAGCAAUUUCCUGGUCCACCAAUCUUUGGUGUUAGAUCAUCAAUGGAGUUAAACCACCCCUCUCCUUACAAUAUGCCUGGUGCUGACAUGUUUUCUGGCCCUGGGCGUCCUAUGGGAUGGCGCAAUCCGGGGGAUGAUUCUUUCCCUCCACCAUUGUAUGGUUGGGAUUCAAGCAGUGCUGUCUAUGGUGAGGAAUCUCAAAUUUAUGGAAGGCCAGAUUGGGACCAUUCUAGGAGCCUGCCCAGUAGUCAAGGCUGGGAAGCAAGAGGAGAUUUUUGGCAGGGGCCAUAUAAAACUGCAAGAAUGGAUAUGUCAUCUCCUGAUAAAGAGAAUGACUUUCCUCAAAUUGCAGAUGAAGCUUUGGUCGGUCAGUCGAUUCAACAAGCUCAGAGCAAGCUAACUCCACAUGAUAAGCAUUCUGAGAGCACUGGCAUUAGUCAAUCAAGAGAUGGUUUGGAAAAUAAUGCUUCUGAAGCUCCUUGUAAUAAUCCAGAGGAAACUAAUGACAUUGCUAAAAUAUCAAGAAAGGAUGAUGCGUUUCUCUGCCGUUUUUACUUUUCCAAGCUUGACAUAUCUGACGAUCUUACUGAAUCCGAGUUGUUUAAUAAGUGCACUGGCUUCCUUGAUAUAGAUCAGAACAUUCUUUCUGAUGUAAAAGAUUCUGAACUCUUUUAUAUGGAGGAAGCUGUAGAAGCUACAGCAGCAUCUUCUAAUAAAAUUAACAAUGUUUCACUGUUUUCUGCCACCAAUGAUUCUGUUUACCAGAAAGCAAUGUCCUUGUAUAAGAGGCAGAAAGAAGACUUUGGAGCUAUGAAUGAAGAGUUGAUUGCAAAGAUCGAGUCAAUACCAAAAUCUAAUGAGGAACUGAAUGCUGAAGAGGACAAUACAGAGAAGUCUCCAGUUGGUGGCGUGCAAGAUGUAGGGAAUGCUCUUUCUAACUCUAACGGGGAGGUAGAGAUUUCAAAUAGUCUUCAAGUGGAAGAGUACACCAAAGACUCCCAUCUGAGGCCCUACUUACCAGAUGCGAGCGUGGUGGAAAAAUCGGAGCCAGUUUCUGCCUCCAAACAUGUUAACAUGGACGUGGAUUUGGUCUUGAACCAGGUGCCAGAGGAGCAUAUUCUUGAGAACCUCUCGUCUAUAAAAUCUGAUGCCGAUUUAUCUGCUGGGGUCAGAGAAGUGCAUAUGGAAUUUGCUAGUAACAAUGAGGAACUAAACGUGUUUGGUACUAAAUGUGGUCCUGUGCGUGAUUCUGAUGUGUCAUCUGCGGCAAUGAUGCCGGAGUUAAUUGAGUCUGCGCCAGUAAAUUUGAGUCGGAUACAUCAUUCUCCUGAAAGUACACAUUGA